UUGGAUAUUCACGAAAACUUUAUUCGCUAUUUCAGCUAUGAAACGGAUGAAAAAAACGAUUUCGUGUAUAUUGCGACAGAGCUCUGCUUAUGCUCUAUUACUGAUAUCUUUGAACGAAAGCCCGUAAAUGAUCCGUUGAAAACGGCCAUUUUAUCAUCCCUAACGAUAAAAGGAAUCUUGUUCCAGGCAACCAGAGGACUUGACUACCUUCAUCAAAAUCAUUUUGUCCAUCGUAACGUAAAGUCGAGCAGUUUCCUUGUGAAGGAAAUACAGCCGGGCAAUGGCCCGGCUCGUUACGCAAUCAAAAUAACAGAUUUUCGGUUGAGUAGAAUGCUUGAUCCUGAUAAGGACUUGUCUGGAACUGUGGCGUCGGAAGGUUGGGAAUCCUCGGAGAGCCGGCGCAAGAAUCAGCCCCUUCAUCAGUCCUUGGAUGUGUUUCUUCUCGGCUGUUUCUAUUACUACAUCUUGACUGGAACAGACGAUCUCUCACAUCGAGCUGGAAGCGAACAUGAUUGGACAAGCUUAACACGCAUUUUCUUGAAAUUGGGUUUUGAUGUUGUCGUUCACCACGAUUUGAUGUCGUAUGAUAUCGAAGGCGAAAUGAAAAACCUGGCAGCUAGAAAUUUCUCGAAAUAUGACUGCCUAGUUGUUUGCCUCUUGUCCUACGGCAUGGUGAACGCUAUUGCCGGCUUUGACGGACAUUAAGUCAACAUUAACAAGCACAAGUACAAGUUUUUUUAUAACUUUUGUCCGACCCUGUACGGCAAACCAAAAAUCUUCAUCGUCCAAGCGUGCCAAGGAGAUCUGGAACAGAGCCAAACACAGGUCGUACCACUAGCGUUCCCAGGAUCAGCAUUUUCUCUACUCAUCGUAGUGCAUGCCGAAGGAAACAAAGAAUCCACCGUGCUGCUGAGUCCUGCAUCCGCUGCCAUCAAAUAUAUAUCCAAUUGCUUUAAAUCCUUCAACGUCGAAGAAGACAAGCUCAAUCGUAAUCCAUCUAUUAUGGAUUUCAUGACCAUUAAAUCAACUAUUCCGGGAUUCGUUUCCUUAAGGAAUGCUUGCAUUGGAACCUAUUUCAUUCAAACCUUGUGUCAGAAAAUGGAAGAAGAAUAUUUAAGCAGUGCGUGUGAUGGCUUGUUACCUGAUGAAAGCCCCAUUCGGGACCUGGAGGGGAUGUUGAGAGGAGCAGACGGUGUCCAACCCAUCAUGAACAACAAGAUACAAAACAAAGAAUAUAGGCAAACGAUUUCGUGCGAAACCUACCUCAGGAAAUACAUCGUGUUCAGACGCAGCAACCAGAUCGUCUUAACUGAUAGCGAUGCAACAGAUAACGGCAGUGUAUUCAGCAAUCGCCGACUCACAGAACGAAACAAUUUCUUCUUUAAUCAUACCACUCUUGUAGAAGAAUCCACUUCGCCUUAA